AUGGAGGGGGAGGGUGCUAAGGACUUUGGGCCCGGAAUAAAGCCCGAUGUCAACUUCCAAGAUUCAAAUGGUUCUAGUUCAGCGGACCAAUACGCACUUCAGCCUGCUAGCAAUCAUGCGAGCAACGGGGCAGGGCCGUCCAAGAACAACCAAUCCCCCAGGACGGGUCCGCUGGCCUCCCAGUCCAGAAACUUCGAGUUUGUGCUAGUUACGGAUAAUGAGUCUCGGCGUCAGGUACGCCGUCAUGCUAUGCGUCAAUAUAUGCAUCAGCGGCGUUUGGACAGUAUUGCUCGCCUAGGGCCAUCUCGUAUACCUGUUGGCGGUUGGACCACCCGUCCUCCGUCUGAUACUCAUGUAUCAAACACUUCUUCCCGCGUGGAAGAAGUACAAGAGGAGUCUUAUACAAAGGUCAAAGCAGAAUCUCCUACUAAGAAUGAGGAUCAGAAUAAUACAGAACACACUAGAAGACCCUCACGGUUGCUGAUACCAAAACUGCACAAGGUUAAACGUGAGGAGGAGACUUCUCCUCCGAUUGCUAACUACACAACGUCUGACCCUCGCGCGUCUCCUGGAGAAGGAGGCAGGCGAGAUCCCUUUAGCUGCUACCCGAUCUCAGUUAGCCACGUAGAUCAUGAAUUGAUCCAGCACUACUCUAUGGGUCAGCAUGAUGGGACUAUCUACGCUGUGGCUACUAUGGCUGUUAUCGAGGCGAUAUAUGGUACCUCGUUACCUUGGUCUGGAACCUUACCGGAUAGUCCUCCUGCUGGACUUGAUUUUGUCGACACUAACAUCCAUUUUGCUAUCCCCCAUCAUUUCGCAACAGAGGAAGGUGCAGAAAGCCUCUGUGAUCAACUCCGGGCAUGUGAAGAUUUCUUAAGAUUUUUCCGCCGCCUUCAUGAGCUGGAAUACACUGCACUUGAAUCACCUUCCAUCAUGGUAUCUAGCAAUACCGGCCACCGCAACAAGCGCUUUGGCCCUGGCACCCAGUUAUAUUCGAUCCUCACUAUGCUCCCAGACUACGACCAUGGGAUACGCGAUGUGCGGUUCAUUGACGAAUUCACAUGCAUGUCAUGUCUCUUCUUCCUGGCUGUUGCGUUAUACGAUUGUUACUCAACGUCUUCCAACUUCGACCGGUACCUUGACUGGCUGGACUUGGAGAUAAAAAAGCUCAACCCUUAUACGAACCCCAGCAUUACCUCCGUACUAUGGCUUUUCCUAAACAACGGUGGCUAUUCAAACAACCAUGCUUGCGACGCAGGAGAGAGAUGCUGGAUCGUCUCCCGGAUGGUCCGCAUCGCCAAACGUCUGGAAUGGAAACGACAGGGGACGAUCUGGGACCGUCUCCGGCAAGUCUUAAUAGAUUUCAUUCUAACACAACAGGAGUGUGCCCUUGGGACAGACCAAGUCAAUGAAGAAGCCCUCGCGGCUCGACAGCAGAAGCGCCGGCGAUCGGCCGAAUACUUCUGGAAUGAGGACGAAAUGCGCGAAGAUAUUCUGGACUUUGAUCUCAGAACUUUCACACCAUAUUUAGAGACAAAUGUACCAAUCCUUACAUGA